AUGAAUGAACAAACUUUGCGUGGACGAGCCCGCCGUGGACCCAACAGACUGCCUCAUCGUACUGUCUACGUGACACCCAAGGACCUGGCCGUCUCAUUGCAAGCUGCAAUCAAUGACUUCAGGGCUUCUAAAAAGGACGAGUGUAAAGAUAUACAGAAGGCGCCGGAGGUGGUUGAUCUUACAUCGACACUCAGCUCGUCGGAUGGCAAGACCUUAGCCGUCUGGGUUACACCACAUCUGGAACCAUUUUCAAGUGAAUGCGUACACACGAUGACGACGUUCUACGAAAUCACAAGAAGUUGCGAUUGGUGGGAAAGAGACCUAAAUUGGAUUACCCAGGAUUGGAUGAAGGUCACUGGGAGGCCCAUUGAGUUUUUCGCUGCUCGGACUGACUCAGACGGCAAGGCAGCACCUGAGGCAAAGCAAAGACUAACGCACCUAUCCUCUGAGGUCAGUGCAAUGUUUUCGUCGACGUGUUGCCACACAAAAUUCUACCACAAAGACCCUACGAAGGGAAUCUUCUUCCAGGAAGUGGUAGGAUAUGUGGCAGACCGUGCGUGGCUAAACGAUGCUGUGCUAAACUACGCUCUGGAUAUCAUAACCACCAGCCACGUGGGUGUGCACGUACUUUCGUCGUUUGUGGCCGACCAACGGACGUUCCUGUCUCCCCCGCGAGCCAAGCUUUUUUCAAUGAGAUUUGUCAUACUCCUCAUUAACAUCGUGAGUUCUCACUGGACGCUGAUUGUGGUAGCUGUACAUCGACACGGCACGAUCACAGUGCACAUGUACGAUCCGCUUUGUACCACAGGGUACAGAAAACGAAUGGAGAAAAUAUGGACGGCUAAACUACUACCAUAUCUUCGUGCAUGGCACUCGCAGUGGGAAAGCCAGGUGGCGCGGAAAGAGGAGCACCCCUUCCUAGCAGACGUGGACAUUGAAUGGUUAAUGUCGCCCAUGCAACCCGAUGGAUAUAGCCGCCGUGUAAUGGGCGCAGCGAUGGCAUACUCGUUUAUCUACGGUGGUUGUGGAUUCACGGUCGAUGCUAUAACGCGAGACGUUGUGAAAGUAAUGCGGCUAAGGUUCCUGUGGGUAAUAUUAUGCGGAUCACACGUCGAACCUAUUGAAGAAUCACUUCAAACUGAAGCUAAACGGAUCGGCAAGCAGAUUACCGCCGCUUUUGGAAAAGGAAGUAAGAAGAUUUGGAACUAG